CCGCGCGGAGGCAGAGCCGCGCGGCAAGGAGGGCGGAGGUGCGCGCCGGCUGCAGGCGCUCGGGACGCCGCCGCCCGCCGCACACGUGCAGCCUCCGCCGCCCGCCCGCCAGCGCGCGGAGCUCCCGAUCCGCAGCUCUGUGGCCUGCAAGGCCGUCCGUCCGGCACCAUGCACUCGCCGGGCUCCACCGGCCCGGGCGACGCGCGCGCGGUUGACAUCAUGGACAUCUGCGAGUCGAUCCUGGAGAGGAAACGGCAUGACAGCGAAAGGUCCACAUGUAGCAUCCUGGAGCAGACAGACAUUGAAGCUGUGGAAGCUCUCGUUUGCAUGAGUUCUUGGGGUCAAAGAUCCCAGAUGAGACCCCUUACGCCUGUCUCUGAUUCUGGUGAUGUCACCACUACUGUACUUAUAGACACAGCCACACCUGAUCUACCAAAGGACUUCCAUUCUUUUUCAACUCUGUGUAUAACUCCUCCUCAGAGCCCAGAGCUCAUGGAGCCGUCGACAGGGACCCCUGUUCCUUCCCAAGUAACUAAUUCCAAAGGAUGCAUGGUCACCGACCACCCUUCCCCCACUGCGGCCCCCAGAGCACUGAACAGGAGGGAGCCACAGGAGCCAGCCUCAGGGUCCCCCUGCAGGGCUGUAAUGACCAGUGUGAUCCGUCACACUGGGGAGGGUCCUGCUCCUACAUGCUUUCCUACAGCCCCAGCUCAAGAGCAACAACCUUCUGGCAGCAGAGAAGGACAAGUAGGGUUGCUGGGCCAUUGUGAAGCUUUGCAAGACACACGAUUGGCAGACGGUUUACUUGUUUCUAACUCGGUUUCCUGUCAGCCUUGCUUGCACAAGUCCGGUGUCUCGUUCCCCACCUACCAAGGCCAGCAGACAGGAUGGCCGGCUGCCAUUCAGACACUCUCACCAAAGAAUUCUGAAAGUGACUCGUCAAGGAAAACCACCCCUCUGAUUUCUGUUCCUGUCUCCACGCCCCCUGUCCUUUGCCAAAUGAUCCCCGUGGCUGCACAAAACAGCAUGUUAUCAGCCUUUUUGAAGCCUCCUCAGUUGUCUGCAGGGACUGUCAAGCCCAUCCUACCCCAAGCCGCUGCGGUGCCCCAGCCUGUGUUCAUGGGCCCAUCUAUGCCUCAGGGAACUGUGAUGCUGGUCUUGCCACAGAGCACAUUCCCACAGCCUGUCACCUGCCCAUCUGGUGUCAUGGCCAUUGGGAAUACCAAGCUGUUGCCCCUUGCCCCUGCACCAAUGUUCAUCACCUCCAGCCAGAACUGUGCCCCUCAGGUAGACUUUUCCCGAAGGAGGAACUACGUUUGCAAUUUCCCAGGUUGCCGGAAGACUUACUUCAAAAGUUCCCACCUUAAAGCCCAUCUUCGAACCCACACAGGGGAGAAGCCCUUUACCUGCAGCUGGGACGGCUGUGACAAAAAGUUCGCAAGGUCAGAUGAACUGUCUCGCCACCGCAGAACUCACACAGGAGAGAAGAAAUUUGUGUGUCCUGUGUGUGACCGACGCUUCAUGCGGAGCGACCACCUGACAAAGCAUGCCCGGCGCCACAUGACGACCAAGAAGAUCCCAGGCUGGCAGGCAGAGGUGGGCAAGCUGAAUAGAAUCACCGUGGCAGAGAAGUCCGGAAGCAUUCUGGAGCCCUUGCCGGCCUCUGGCUGAGAAGUCCCAUGACGCCCAUCACCUGGGGGCUUCUUCAAACACCUCUUCAGGAGUGGGGAAUGGGACCUUUGUGUUCCUCUCCAAGAAAGAAACAGAAACAAAACAAAGGAAAGCAUGGUCUCUGGGCUGUUGAAGUAGGGAGCGGCUUCUGAUGGAAGUACAUUAACCUUACUUUUCUUGUUGGGACCCUGUUCGGUAUCUCUUGUUUCAGUGCUAACUCUCUGUGUGUCUCUGUCACUUUGUCUCUCUCCUCUCUUUUAUAAGGAAAUGGAAGAAAAUUUGAUCUAAAUCACCAGCAUUCAAACAAAUAUUUCGGCAAUAAAGUUUACAGUCUGGAUUUUUUUUUUCUUUUUUUUUUUUUUUUUUUUUUUUUUUACAGCCUUUCUAUUUUGUAGAAGUGAGACAGGGUAUUGAUUUUUUUAUACUUUUUUAUAAAAAUAUUUAUAUUCUGCUCAAAUCACCAAUUUCUGGAUAGACAGUUUUACAACCUUCUUUUCCAAUGUUUUAUAACAAAGUUUUAUAGUGACCCUGCAUUAAGUACUCUUGGUAGUUAGUCGGGAAAAUAAAAAUCAAAAUCGAAAAUUUGUUACCAGCCUUUUAUAGCAAAUGCUUUAGAUCAGAACUGGUUGAAUAAAGAGCUCUUAAAGAGGGAAAAAUAAGCUUUGUAGUCAGCCUUUUUGUGUCAGUUUCAGGGGAAAUUCUAGCAGUCAGUCCUGUAGCCCACAAAACUAAAAUGUCAUUGGGUAGAACUAGUCACGUGUGUCUGGUGUCCCUGUGGAGGGUGUGCCUGGACUUGGGGCUGGCUGAGCAGGGGUGACUUCAGCACCAAGAAAUGGGAAUGCUUACACCGGGGCUUUGUGGAUUGUCUGUUGGUUUCUGGUGUGGUUUUGUAUUGCAUGAUGGUUCAGUGACCAUACACAGAAAAGCAAAUGUCUAUGUUGGUUGGAUAAACUCUCCACCAAAGUGCAACUUAAUGCAAAGCUAGGUGUUUGUGCACAGUGGCCUCUGGGGUUCAGAUGCCUUUUAAUAAUGGACAAAACACUGAGAAAUUAAUGUUCGCUAAACGUCAGUGGACGCCACUCAGCUGGCCUUCUGUUCAUUAUGUAUGAAGGAAAUGAUUUCUCUCAAAUGAGAAGUCUUGCAAUGGGGAUUUUGUAGCUAAUCUGAAAACAGAUCCCAGGCGCUGCUUUUAUUCCUUGUGAGAUGUGCCCUGCAUAUAGUGGCCUCCUGUGUGUUCAGAUGAGCACAAAAACUGGCUUUAGUUAAAUGUUGGGAAGUCCGGGCAAUACAGUGCACUGCUUGGGCAGCCUGAAAAUAUUUUUGUGUGGUAUUGUAUUAGAUUUUGUAUUUGCCUUUUAAUAUUGGCGUUUAACUAUUUAAAUGAUGGCAAGGUUGAAAUAUUAAUUAGAUAAAUGAGGUUUUGUGUUCAGGUCUUUUGAGACUUAUAGAACCUUCUCGUGGUCAUACAUUGUAUGUUACUUGAUCCCUGUCAAGCUGCCUUUGGUAGCCUCAAAGUUUUGUAUGUAUGUGUGUUUAGGAAAUGUUGGGAUAGCUCUCCAGUCAGUUGUCACUGUUGUCUUUCAACAUAAGGGUAGCCACAGGAGAACUAACUGUACAUAGCUCACUAGUGUCCCAGUACCCUGGUCCUGCCCUCCACACUGAGGAGUGUGCAAGUGGAAAUGGCAUCCAGUGUGAACAUCUUUGUUCACUGUGAUAUGCAGGGUGUGAUGUUCCUUGUCCUGGUAUCUCUGUGGGUAACGGAACGUCUUGGAGUGUUCAGUCGCUCAUCACACAGGACUUCAUUCUCUGACCAGUAUUGUUUCUAAAGUAACCGAUGGGUUGGAAUAACAUUAGGGUUCCAUUUCCUGAUUAGAUGUAGAAACCCCUUCAGCGGCAGAGCCCCCACCCUUUGUGUACUGAGUGACUAAGUUGGAAAAUCAGUUCCUGUGAAAAGGACUCCUGAGCCCCAGAGCCCAGGGGGGCGCUGCUCCCUUGAGAGUCCUCCCUGACCCCCAUGGUGAGGCACCCCCAGUGCACUUUAUUGCUUGAGCAGUUCUGCUUGACUUUUUUUUUUUUUUUUUUUUUUUUUUUAACCUUGUUGAGCCUUUUGGUAGUUUUAAUAAUAAAAAUUUAAAUGUUUCAAAUACUUAUGUUUUAUGUAACAGACUUUGACUUAUUUAAAUGAGUAUUGUAAUGUAACCUUUUGCUUUGAAUCAUAUAAAACUUUCUUGGUUUGCA